AUGCGAAGUACUGCAGACAGCUUUUUCCUCAAUAACACCGACUUCACCUCCCAAGCAGCAGACGUCUCUUCUGCCUGUGCAACCGCGCUCCACGCGGACCUCAUAUGCGACCCAUACUUGACCUAUGUCAUGACCAGCAACUUCUACGGAAUUGUGGGGAACAGCACGCUCCAUGACCAGUUCUGCGCACUCAGCUGCUCCAGUGAUCUGGCAGCUCAUAAGAGCAAUGUGACCGCAAGCUGCGUUAAUGAUCCCCCGCCGUUUCCUGGAUUGCCAGCGACCUACUGGGCUGACUGGGCCAUCUCUGCUUUUGACCAUGUGUGUAUGAAGGAUGCGAGCACGGGGCAAUACUGCGUUGAUGUGAUCGGGGGCUAUUUCCAGAACCAGACCGCCGACACGGACGGAACAGAGCUUCCAACUGAUCAACUAUGCUCCAAUUGUGACGCGUCACUAGCCACCGUCUGGAGUACCAUCCAGAGCCAGUGCUCGUUGUCAUAUCCCACUGCGGUGGCCACGCUGCAAACGAAUGUGACCCAGCCGGGUGGGUUUGCAGUCGCGGGCUACACCUCGUCCUCGAUAUGCCUCUCCGGUAAGACGUACAACGUUGUUAGCGGUGACAACUGCCAGGCGAUCGCUGAGCAGAACAGUGUCUCCACAGGCACCUUGAUCGCAAUCAAUGACAUCUACUCGGACUGUACCAACAUCUGGGUGGGACAGGUCCUUUGCAUGCCACCCCAGUGCACGACGUAUAUUGUCCAGAGCGGCGACACCUGCGAUGGGAUUGCGGCGACCACCAAUACGAUGUUCCAGAAACUGGUUGCGUGGAACCCUGCCCUCGGCUCAUACUGCACGAACCUGCUCUCCGGGCAAAAUAUUUGCGUCAGCCCUCCUGGAGGUGUCCAAAAUCUGACCACGAUUUCCGGCCGGUGCGACCGCCACACAAAUGGGUAUCUACGCCAGCACCACCACCGCGAUUCCCUCCUCUGUUGCGACAGAUACCACGGUAGAUUGCGGCAAAUAUUAUCAGAUUCAGGCAGGGGUCUCUUCGAAGCCAUCAAUCCGUCCAUCAACUCCACUUGCGGCAAUCUCGAACUAGGUGUCUACUACUGUGUACUUCCGACGCAGAAUUGGAACGCCACAGUCACAUCCACCAUGGUUCCCCCUCCUACCACUACUCCAUCUGGGACAACUGCUAGUUGUUACGAAUGGUAUGUAAUCCAAUCAGGCGACUACUGCGCUCUCGUCGAAAACAGAUUCGACAUCACAAUGGCCCAGCUCCAGGCUUGGAACUUUUCCCUCCUCUCUGACUGCUCCAAUCUCGCUCUGGGUGAAGCCUACUGUGUUCAUGGGGCCACCCAGCCAGCUUCUUCGCCUGCAACCCCUACAUCAUCGGGUGGGUUUGCCAAACGGAGGGCAGAGAUGGCUCAACCAACAGCCAACUUCCAAAGCGGUGGUGUGCCGUAUGGGUGGCCGGGGUUGAGAGCGCCCAAUCCAGCGCGGGCGUAUGCAGUAGCAACACAACUCAUUUAG